CAUCUCUGGUGAUGUUCGUUUUGUCAUCGCUCACCUGCUUCUUACUAGUUUAGGAUAAAUCUGUCCAAAUAUGAUAAACUUUGGAUAUUUGCUUAUUUUUCUCAUCGGCCUCACUGCCUCGCACCUGAAUAAUCCACCUGUGUUUGCCAAACUGGGAGAAACCACUAAUAUGUCUUGCUUUUACCAGAGCCAAAUGGCUAUGCACUUCUCAUGGUACAAGCAUGAACUUGGAAAGAAUCCAAGGCUCAUCUCCACCAUAUACAAGUAUGAAAACAAAGCCCGGUUUUACCAUAACUUCGAGAAUAGUUCACGCUUUUCUGUGCAGAAUUAUGAGGGUGUGCAUCGUUUGGUGAUAAGAAACAUACAGCUCUCAGACUCUGCAACAUACUACUGUGGAAGCGCUUAUUCCAAUGUAAUGGAAUUUGUUGAAGGGACAGAGUUGAUAGUUGAAGGGGUGAAAAGCUACACUGUUGUAAAACAACCUGCUUUAAUUCCAUCACAUCAUGGAGAUUCAGUGAAUCUUACCUGCACAGUUUUAAACCAGAAGUGUGUGGGAAACAACAGUGUGUACUGGAUCAUACAGGAGUCAGAAGAAUCUCGCCCAAGAUUCAUUGGCGCACAUGGGACGAGUGUUGGACGGUGUGAGUGGAGCUCUGAAGCUGGUUUUAAAACACGUCGAUGCGUUUACGGCUUCUCUAAGAAAGAUCUCAAACUUUCUGAUUCUGAGACUUACAACUGCACUGUUGCUGCAUGUGGGGAGAUACUGUUUUGGAAUGGCAUCAAACUGGACAUUAUAGGCACUGAUUCAGCAGAACAGAUGAUGACUUUUGUAAUUCUUUCCAUUGCUAGAACAUUCCUUCUUUUAAUUACCAUUUCCACAAUUACUUUUUGGUACUGCAUGAAUUCAAAAAGAAUUUUAAAAGAUGGCUGUUCUCCAUCUGUCAUUGCUCUCCGAGACAGACGAUCCCGACCAGAAGGAAGACCAGGUUUUUUGAUGAAAUCAGUUUCUGAUCAUCUGUAA